UAUCUCUACAACAGUCCCUACUUCCGGUCUCUACUUUAUUGAGCAGGGGUUAUCCCAAUUUUCUAGGACUAUAGUUUUUACCGUCAAUUCCAGCAACAUCCGCUACUCCUAUUAUGAUAGGUGGAAGCCAUCUGUCAGUCACUUAUCCACCCUUUCCAUUAUUACAUGUGGGCCCGGUAGUCAAGCUUAUCUCCUCCUCUUUUUCUUCUCUCUCGCUCCUUCCUCUCCGCUGGCCGCCGCAGACUCCGCAGCACCUGGGCAGCCUGCUCUUUCGCCGACGAGGCCACGGGCGGGGUAAAUUCAGCGAGAAAGGAGGGGCGCCGACAGCAGCAGCUCGGUCGCGCGUGAUCUGGCCUUCCACGGUCGGAUCGAGAGGGGCGUCGGCGCGCUGCGGCUCCUCCAUGCCAGCAGCCGCAUGAAUGCUGGGGCAGAGAGGGGGGUGGCGGUGCGAAUCGAGCUUGGAGUUGAUCCAGGCGGCGGCGCUCGAGCUCCCCCCGGCGGCCGGUAGACUCGGCUCGGCAACGCUGGUCCGAUGGCGGGGGCUCGUGGCCUCGUGGGAAAGCGGUGGCGCGGCUUGAUUUGGGUGGCCCAUGCUGUGCCCCAUUCGUCGCCGGCAGUCCGUGCCGUGUUCAUGUUGCCCGCCAGGUUGAGCACCUCGAGGUGCCGCGGCCGCUAGACUUCGUGAGGAAUCUAGCUGCGGAGCUGGGGGAGGGAAAGGAGAGGACUUUGAGCUCGGUGCGACGGUGGCACAACCAGGUCAAGACGGGGGCGAGAAGGCCAUGAGCUGCGGAGCUGGGGGAGAGAAAGGAGAGGACUUUGAGCUCGGUGCGACGGCGGCACAACCAGGCCAGGACGGGGGCGAGAAGGCCACGACGCGGCAGGAUCGCGCGUGGGGGCUGGAGCUUAGGGCGACAGCGGCGGGGUGCUGCAGCUCGAGGGACAGCAGGGUGCUUGAGGUCGGGGACGGCGGGAGCGCAGGUGCCGCAGCUCGAGGGCGGCGGGUGCUCGAGCUCGGGGGCGAGGGCGGCAGCGGUGCGGCAGCUUCGUGAGUGCGUGCGCGAGAGACGAGGGAGAGAAGAUGCUGGAGGGGUGGAUUUGAGAUCCUCUCUACUAAAGGGACUUAAUUAGAGAUUUUGCUGGAGUGAGUUUUCCAGGCUUGAUCCCUAUUUUAUAACACUCGUAUACAAUCUCUCUCUCUUCUCCUCUAUUGUCCUACCGAGCCCUUCAAACACUGUUUCAUAACAGCACCGACGCCAGUGCUAGUGUCAUGGAGAUGGAGCAAUCUAUGGAGUAAUCUGACAAGAACACUUUAACACCGUUUUGAGUUGACAGGAACACUUUUCUACUUUCCGACGGGGCGGCUGAUAUAUAAAUCCACAAGACUUAGAGCAUCUCUAAAAGACUUUCUAUAUCUUUUCUCAUUAUUAAAAAUAGAGAUUUUGAUAAAAAAUAUCCUCUAAUAGCUUCUCUAGAUAAUUAUUUAAAUGUAGGCAUCUUCUAUUUCGUAUUUCUCGCUGAUAAAACUGGAUAACGAAAAUAACUUUCUAUGUAUAUAUAAGUAUAUAUAAGAUAUAGAGAAGAUAUUGGAGAAUGAAAUAUAUAAAAAUUAAUUUUUAUAAAAAAACUCUUUAAAUAAUAAUAAUUUAGAGAGUAAAAUUUAGAAAAACUGCUCCUGCGUUCUUCUCUUCGUCAAAAUCCACGGGAUCUCUGUCAUUGAACGCGACUACGCGAAUCUGGUACGCAGCUCAACUCCUCGCGCCGCCCAGCAAAGAGCCCACAGCCAGCCAAGAAACCGAAUCCCGAACCAAGAAUCCCACCCCACCCCCCGGCGAUGUCGGCGUCGGGCGGCGAGGAAAGGGACCGGUCCCAGCCGGUGGUGCUGGUCACGGGGUGCUCGGAUGGCGGCAUCGGCCACGCGAUGGCGCGCGCCUUCGCGGCGGCCGGCUGCGCCGUCGUCGCCACGGCGCGGUCGCGCGGCUCCAUGCGCGACCUCCAGGGCGACCCGCGGUUCCUGCUGCUGGAGCUCGACGUGCGCUCCGAAGAGAGCGCGCGCGCCGCCGUGGCGGACGCGCUGCGGGAGCACGGCCGCAUCGACGUGCUCGUCAACAACGCCGGGGUCCACCUCGUCGCGCCGCUCGCCGAGGUGCCCAUGGAUUCCUUCCACCAGGUCUUCGACACCAAUGUCUAUGGUGCAAUGAGGAUGAUUCAAGCUGUUAUGCCUCACAUGAUGGAAACAAGGAAAGGUACAAUUGUCAAUGUUGGAAGUAUUACUGCUUUGGCACCUGGACCAUGGGCUGGUGUGUAUUCAGCGUCAAAAGCUGCUCUUCAUGCAUUGAGCGAUUCACUAAGGGUUGAACUAAGAAGCUUUGGCAUAAAUGUGAUGAUUGUUGCCCCUGGGGGAACAAAGUCGAAUCUUGGGGAUAAAUCUGCAGCUAAAUAUGACCAGAUGCAUGAGUGGAAGUACUACAAGAAGUACGAGGAGUCGCUCCGAGCCAGGACCGACGUUUCCCAGGGCCCUGGGUCUACUCCAGCAGAAGAGCUUGCAAAGAAGGUGGUUGCGCUGGCUCUGAAGAAGAACCCUCCAGCUCUGUUUGCUUACGGCCAGUUCACUUCUAUUCUGUCCAUGCUGUAUUACGCGCCUCUAUGGUUUAGAGACUACUUCUACAGGCUGGUCAUGAAAUGCUAGUGCCUGGAAGUAUAGGAUGCUUGUAUAUUGCGGCUCAGGCCCAGUUCAGUCCGUAGUUCUCACAGUAUUUAUUAUAUUUGUAACAGAAAUUCAUACACGUUGAUAUGGACAGCUUUUUUUUGUUGCAAGUGAAAAGCUCUCCUGGUUUCUGUGUGA